AUGGCUUCAAACGCCCUCACAUCGUCAUCUGCGUCCACAAGGUCCGUCCUCUCAGUCUUUGAGAGAUACCAAAAAGAACGUCUAGCAUUCGCCCAAUCCGUAGCCGAUAUGGCAUCACGAGAAACCAAUAUCGAAGCCCUCACAUCCGUCGGCGCCACCUCCCUCCUCCGCCCCCUGCUAGUCGACUCCGUCCCUGCAGUCCAGCAAGCUGCUGCACUAGCAUUGGGAAGAUUAGCAAAUCAUUCAGAGAAACUCGCAAAUGUUGUUGUUGAGGGAGAUGUGUUGCCACAGCUUGUGUUUUCGUUGACUGAGCAGAAUAGAUUCUAUAAAAAGGCAGCUAAUUUCGUGCUCCGAGCGGUUGCCAAACAUUCUCCUGAACUGGCCCGAGCUGUUGUUGAUGCUGGUGCAUUGUCGUCGCUGACUUCGUGUCUUGAGGAGUUUGAUCCUGGUGUUAAGGAGUCUGCAGCGUGGGCUAUUGGGUACAUUGCUAGACACAAUGGUGAACUCGCACAAGCUGUAGUUGACGCUGGUGCAGUGCCACUUCUUGUCCUGUGUGUACAAGAACCUGAAUUGGCUGUAAGAAGGAUCUCUGCUUCGGCGUUGAGUGAUAUUGCAAAGCAUACUCCUGAGCUCGCCCAGACAGUCGUCGACGCUGGCGCUGUACCCGUCCUCGCUCCCCUCCUAUCCAACCAAGACGGCAAAUUAAAGAGACAAGUCUCAUCCGCACUAGGCCAAAUCGCCAAACACACUGUCGAUCUAGCUGAAACGGUGGUCGAUGGAGAAAUCUUCCCAACCGUGUUGCUGUGCUUGAGAGAUCCAGAACCGUUCGUGAGGAAGAAUGCUGCGACGUUGAUUUGUGAGGUUGCUAAACAUACUGCUGAGCUCUCACAAUUAAUUGUAAACUCGGGAGGUAUCGCUGCCGUAGUCGACUAUGUCAACGAAGCCCGUGGACCAGCUCGAUUGCCUGGAAUCAUGUGUUUGGGAUACAUUUCAGCCUUUUCAGAGACUCUUGCAUUAUCUGUUGUUGUGGCCCGUGGUGUUCCUCCACUGGCUCAGGCAUUGACUCAAGAAAGUGAAGAGCACAUCAAGGCGGCAUGCGCAUGGUCCCUCGGCCAAAUCGGACGCCACUCACCCGACCACGCCAAAGUCCUCGCCGACAAUGCAAUCCUCUUGAAACUCUUAAAAACAAUGACUGCAUCAGCUCCCGAAUCUGACCUCCACGCCAAAUGCAAACGAGCCUUGAAAUGCAUCCUUGAAAAAACCCUUGUACUGGACGCCCUCGAACCAUUACUAAACCCAACAACCCCAGCAUCCAUUUUGAAAUACGUUGCUGCACAAUUCGCAAAGAUUUUGCCUCACGAUGUGUCUGCUCGUCGAUGGUUUGUUACGAGUGGAUGUUUGCAGCGUGUGCAGGAGAUUGCGGCUAGCUUUGGUGGUGGGUUGGCUAGUGUUGUUGGUGGUGGUAACAAGAAGGUUGAGGUUGGAUUUGGAGCUGCUGCUGCGGCUGUUGAGGGUGGUGUUGCUGCUACGGGAUUGAUUGGGACCAAGAUGGGAGAGCAUAUUAGAGCUAUUAAUGAGUGCUUCCCUGAAGAGAUUAUCAAGUACUAUUCGCCAUCGUAUGGAAAUACUUUAUUGGAAAAGUUGGAUGCCUUUGGCAAGAAUGACGAUGUACCAGUCGGAAAGUCAAAUCUACCCAAACUGCCAUCAAAGGACCUGCUCACCCAGUAG